AUGGGGUACAGACAUCUGUGCCCACGGGGUACAACCACCUGUGCCCACGGGGUACAGACAUCUGUGCCCACGAGUGCCCACGGGGUAGAACCAUCUGUGCUCCACGGGGUACAACCAACAGUGCCCACGGGGUACAACCAUCUGUGCCCACGGGGUACAACCAUCUGUACCCACGGGGUAGAACCAUCUGUGCUCCACGGGGUACAGACAUCUGUGCCCACGGGGUACAAACAUCUGUGCCCACGGGGUACAACCAUCUGUGCCCACGGGGUACAACCAUCUGUACCCACGGGGUACAGACAUCUGUGCCCACGGGGUACAACCAACAGUGCCCACGGGGUAGAACCAUCUGUGCUCCACGGGGUACAACCAACAGUGCCCACGGGGUACAAACAUCUGUGCCCACGGGGUACAGACAUCUGUGCCCACGAGGUACAGACAUCUGAACCCACGAGAUACAAACAUCUGAGCCCACGGGGUACAACCACCUGUGCCCACGGAGUACAACCAACUGUGUCCACGGGGUACAACCACCUGUGCCCACGGGAUACAACCAACUGUGCCCACGGGGUACAACCAUCUGUGCAUCACGGGGUACAAUCAACAGUGCCCACAGGGUACAACCAUCUGAGCAUCACGGGAUACAACCAACAAUGCCCACGGGACAUCUGUGCCCACGGGGUACAACCAUCUGUGCCCACGGGGUACAACCAUCUGUGCCCACGGGUACAACCAUCUGUGCCCACGGGGUACAACCAUCUGUGCCCACGGGGUACAGACAUCUGUGCCCACGGGGUACAACCACCUGUGCCCACGGGGCACAGACAUCUGUGCCCACGAGGUACAACCAACAGUGCCUGCGGGGUACAAACAUCUGAGCCCACGGGGUACAAACAUCUGUGCCCACGGGGUAGAACCAUCUGUGCUCCACGGGAUACAACCAACAGUGCCCACGGGGUAGAACCAUCUGUGCCCCACGGGGUACAACCAACAGUGCCCACGGGGUACAACCAACAGUGCCCACGAGGUAGAACUAUCUCUGCCCCACGGGGUACAACCAACUGUGCCCACGGGGUACAACCAUCUGUGCUCCACGGGGUACAACCAACAGUGCCCACGGGGUACAACCAACAGUGCCCACGGGGUACAACCAUCUGUGCUCCACGGGGUACAACCAACAGUGCCCACGGGGUACAACCAACAGUGCCCACGGGGUACAACCAUCUGUGCUCCACGGGGUACAACCAACAGUGCCCACGGGGUACAACCAUCUGUGCAUCACGGGAUACAACCAACAGUGCCCACGGGGUAGAACCAUCUGUGCAUCACGGGGUACAACCAACUGUGCCCACGGGGCAGGACAUGAAUGUGUGGCUAUAUUUGAGUUAG